AGUUCAGUCUGAAGUGUAAAAAACAAUGAUUUGAUUUAUUUACAAGUCCACAUGCUGCACUGAGGUCUUAUCUCCAGCAGAAUAAGCUAAUUAAGAUAAUUUAUGCACGUACAUUUGAGCCCAUUCAAGGCUUUGAAUUAAGACCACUCGUGGACGCGCACGUCCCCUUUAAUGGGGGGUUACGUACGCGCCCGACAGAGCCCGAGUCACAAAAGCAGAAAGUCUCCAGAGGAGUGGGCGCACACAACUUCUGCACCCACACCAACAAACGAGCUCAGGAGAAGCGGAGCAGAGAGGAGCAGAGUGUGUGUGAGUCCUGCGUGUUUUGGAUGAGAAGCUGAUAUUUCCAAGAGAAGAUUCAGGAUUUUCUCACUGUGCAGUUUGGAAACGUUUGUCUCAAAGCGGUUUGGAUUGGUGGGAAGAUGACGGUGACAUAACUUCACAUGUUUGAAUCCAGUCUCUUGAGUUUUUCUGUCACUAAUUUCAUCUAAAUGAAGAGUCUCUAAGUCGGACUGACACACUCGGUGUCCGGGAGCUGAAGCCCACAGGACGCAGGAGGGGAGGGAACCGAGAACGCCAGCGGCUUUGCCGGGAUGGUGCGCCUGCUGAACUGCCUGCUGCUGGGAUAUCUGACCUGGAAUCUGCGGAUAUCGGACGCACAGGGGGAGUACUGCCACGGCUGGCUGGACACUAAUGGAAAUUAUCACGAGGGCUUCCAGUGUCCGGAGGACUUUGAUACCAUGGAUGCCACGGUGUGCUGCGGCUCCUGCUCGCUGCGCUACUGCUGCGCGGCUGCGGACGCACGGCUGGACCAGGGCAGCUGCACCAACGACAGGGAGGUGGACAACACUGAGUUUGCAGCGCAGCCCGUCUACGUCCCCUUCCUAAUGGUGGGAAGCAUCUUCGUCGCCUUCGUCGUGGUAGGCUCCCUGGUGGCCGUUUACUGCUGCACCUGUCUGCGGCCCAAGCAGCCGACCCAGCAGCCCAUUCGCUUCUCCCUGCGCAGCUGCCAGGGUGAAACCAUCCCCAUGAUCCUCACCACCGCUCCCCCGAGUCUCCGCGCUCCGUCGCGACAGUCCAGCACGGCCACCACCAGCUCCAGCUCAGCCGGAGGGGGCAGCUCCAUGCGGAGGUUCUCCUUCGGAGGUCAGGGGCAGCAGCAGCAGCAGCAGCACGGCUGCCUGGUGUCUGCUACAGUCUCCUCGUCAGCCUCCACCCCCACCCAAGUCCCUCAGACUCUGCCUCCACCUCCACCUCCACCUUACACAUCUCCACCAGCACCCAUGUCAGGAGGCAUCCAACACCCCUCCACCCAUGCCCAGCUUCAGCUCCACCAGCCUUCAAUGCCCUCUCACCCCUCUCAGAGCGCCGGGUUCCUCCUUCCACAGCAGUACUUCUUCCCUCUACAGCCCGAUGCCUUCACAGCAGCUAAGAGCUUCGCAGACUUCGGACAGAGCUGACAGGGCUCCCAGUGGGGGAAAUAGAGGGAUUACAAGAUUAUUAGAUGGUGGGAUGUGAGCUGGCGAGGACAAACACACUGCAACCCAGCUGGUGGUGUUUGGGUGGAGAGCCCGGGCCAGCUCAAUAGAUGCAGAGAGCCCCGACAGGAGGACGAGGGAUAAAGUAUAACAAAGCUGCUGUGGUCGAGCAGCGUCUGAGGCCUGAGGGCAUUUCCCUCUCUGCAUCACAGAACACAUCAACAGACCUGUUAGAGGCAGUAACAGUUUUGAAUCAUGUGCACUUGUAUCUUAUAUUUUAAACAGACCUCACUGGCUUACAUUUUAUUUUUUUAUACAUGUUGACAGCUGACAACACAGAGUCAAAUCUUGCCAAUUUAUCACACACCUUCCUUAAAAAAACAGAAAUACUGUAAACAGAGCCAACACUGUCACUCCGAGACUAUGAGCAUUGUUACAUUAUUAGAAAUAGAUGUUGGAAACCAGGGAAAUAUUGUGUUUUUUGACAAUCGCAAGGACCUCUGAAAGAGGGGGUGACGUGAUACACAAAGGACUUUUAUUUUGGAGGACUUUUAUAAGAUGUUGUACAGGCAUUAUAUCCAGAGCAGGGUUGUCAUAUUGAUUUUCCUGAUUUACAGCAAAUAAAAACGUUUGUCUCUCAUUA